AUGGGCGGAACGCAGGCAUCUUUCUGUUGCUGCUGGGAGAGGCCCAAGCUCCCAGAAGGUUGCCCGCGGAACCUGUCGCCCAGCGAGGAAGCCUUGCUUGCAUCGAUACCUCGCACAACAACAGCAAACCAGGAUUGUUGGGAGGACAGGCAGGUGACUCUGGAAGUAGGAGUUCGCAACACGUUCAUCGAGCUGAAAGAAGUGUCGACCCCGCAAAGGAGGAGGAGCCGCAGCCUGCCAAAGGAGCUGAAGCCCUGCAAGGCGGCAGAGGCGGCAGAGGCGGCAGAGGCGCCAGCAGGUCACCCAGAGGAUGCUCCACAAGGCCGACAUGAAGAACGUGAGGAGCCACCACCCCUGGAUCAUCCGUUCGAGCCGUUCCUGACAUAUCCGAUGGUGGUGGCGGAGCGCGCGUUCAUGCGCGAAGUACGUGGGAGGCUGACAUGGCGCAAGGUGCCAGCGAGGCCCCACUUCUGUAGGAACACGUGUCACCAGUGCUGCCAGCUCUCGAAUGACAGCUGGCGCCUGGCGGCAUGUGACCACAGACCAGCUGAAGGGUUGCCUGGACAGGUUCCCGCAUGCCGGGAUCUGGACGUGAUGCCCUCUCUGGAAGAGAGCGAUUGGGAGGAGGAUCUAUGGGGAUGA